CUGGGCCAAACUACUUCCCCUUUUCCUCUGCGGCGGAGCCGCGGUGGCGCAUGUGCACUAUAAGUGCGCCUGCAAGUGGCGUUACUGCUGGACAUGCUGCGCUCGGGCUGUCUCUGGCUCUUGCGGCGGCGACCUCCGGCGGCGGGGGUCGCAGUAAAGAACUUCGGUCUCAGGAAGGUCGCCUCCGGCGUCUCUACCCCGGGCAGCACGUCUCCCAGAGCCCUAAAUAUCUUCGACCGGGAUUUGAAGAGAAAACAGAAAAACUGGGCGGCCCGGCAACCUGAGCCUAUGAAGUUUGACUACCUGAGGGAGGAGGUUGGAAGUCGGAUCGCAGACCGUGUGUAUGACAUAACCAGAAAUUUUUCCCUUGCUUUGGAUGUUGGUUGUGGAAGAGGUUACAUAGCACAACAUUUGAAUAAGGAAACUGUUGGAAAGUUUUUCCAAGUAGACAUUGCAGAAAAUGCUUUGAAAAAUAUCUUAGAAAUGGAAAUUCCUACUGUCAGUGUUAUAGCUGAUGAAGAGUUCCUUCCCUUCAGAGAAAAUACCUUUGACCUGGUGGUUAGCAGUUUAAGUUUACACUGGGUGAAUGACCUUCCUAGAGCGCUUGAACAGAUUCACUAUGUUUUAAAACCAGAUGGAGUAUUUAUUGGCGCAAUGUUUGGAGGUGACACACUCUAUGAACUUCGGUGUUCGUUACAGUUAGCAGAAACAGAAAGGGAAGGAGGAUUUUCUCCACACGUUUCUCCUUUCACUGCAGUCAAUGACUUAGGACAUCUGCUUGGGAGAGCUGGCUUUAAUACACUGACUGUGGAUACUGAUGAAAUUCAAGUUAACUAUCCUGGGAUGUUUGAAUUGAUGGAAGAUUUACAAGGUAUGGGUGAGAGUAACUGUGCUUGGAAUAGAAAAGCCCUGCUGCACCGAGACACGAUGUUGGCGGCGGCUGCCGUGUACAGAGAAAUGUACAGAAAUGAGGAUGGUUCAGUACCUGCCACAUAUCAGAUCUAUUACAUGAUAGGGUGGAAAUACCAUGAUUCACAGGCAAGACCAGCUGAAAGAGGUUCGGCAACUGUGUCAUUUGGAGACCUGGGAAAAAUAAACAAGCUUAUGUCACAGGAGAAAAAGUCACAAUAAAUAUUUUAUUUAGUGUUAACGUAGUCCAGAAUUUUCAUCAGAGAUAAUUUUCACAUCUGUAAUUAUUACAUUUUGGAGCAAGAAGCAGUCUGUAAGCGAUGUACUCUCAGACCUGUAGUAAUUAGAAUAACCUAACCCUGCAUCUACGUUUGGUAACCCUUUCAGUUUAGCGUGGUUUCUGUUUUCUUAUGGAUACUCUUACCUGGUGAUUCGAAUGUCUUAUUUACAGAUUCAGCCCAAAAGCAAGAAGAUACUUCAAUGAAAAAUCCACAGAUAUGUUAUAUAUAAAUGCCUGACUUGAUGGAAAAGCAUUGCUCGCGCUGACAUUUUGUACCUUUUUCUCCUUCCGAUCUUUUGUUAUUGCCGUGAGAGGCCGAUAGCCAUGGAGAUGAGAGGAAGGACAAGUUGGUAGAUUCUCUAGAGUUCUGGAUCAUUUGGAAUAAAACCGUUUUUAUAAUCACUAA